AUCAUACAUCAAAUCUGUCCACCCUACAAAAAUGGGAAACAUGAAAUUGUCCUUUUUGGUACUAUGUUUAAUAGCUUUCACACUUGGAGCCAAAGCCGAGCAAUGUGGUAAACAAGCUGGUGGAGCUGUGUGCCCAAAUGGCUUAUGCUGUAGCGAAUUUGGAUGGUGUGGUAACACUGAAUCCUAUUGUGGAAAAGGGUGCCAGAGCCAAUGUAAACCUAGUGGCUCAACACCAAAACCAACACCCUCAACCCCAACUCCAAAACCUAGUGGUGGAGAUAUUAGCAGAAUCAUUAGCUCCUCUGUCUUUGAUCAAAUGCUUAAAUACCGAAACGAUGGACGCUGUGCAGCUCAUGGAUUCUACACCUAUAAUGCUUUCAUUGCUGCUGCUCGCUCCUUCAAUGCCUUUGGCACCACCGGUGAUGACACCAUCCGCAAGAGGGAGCUCGCGGCUUUCUUGGCUCAAACCUCUCACGAAACUACAGGGGGGUGGCCAAGUGCACCUGAUGGUCCAUACGCGUGGGGAUAUUGUUUUGUAAACGAAAAGAACCAAGCAGAUUAUUGUGACUCCAAGGAUUGGCCAUGCGCUCCUGGUAAAAAAUAUUACGGCAGAGGACCAAUUCAACUCACACACAACUACAAUUACGGGCAAGCUGGAAAGGCAAUAGGUGAAGAUUUGAUAAAAAAUCCGGAUCUAGUAGCCACAAACCCAACCGUUUCAUUCAAGACAGCCAUUUGGUUUUGGAUGACUCCACAGGCAAACAAGCCAUCAAGCCAUGAUGUCAUUACAGGAAGAUGGACGCCGUCAAAUGCUGACAGGUCAGCGGGUCGGGUCCCCGGAUACGGUGUGAUCACCAACAUAAUCAACGGUGGACUCGAAUGCGGGCACGGGCAGGAUUCUCGAGUCGAAGAUCGGAUCGGGUUCUACAAAAGGUACUGUCAACUGUUGGGAGUGAGCCCCGGAGACAACUUGGACUGCAACAAUCAGAGACCAUUUGCUUAAGCAAUUUGCCCUCAUACGUUCCACAGAAUAACAAUAUAUUGCAUUUAAUAAAAAGAGUGCAAUGAUGAACAUGUAACAGGAACCUUCUUGCUAAAGAAGUUCCCAAUUAUCUUGUUUAAAUAAAAUGAUUUCAUAUUUUAC